AUGUUCUGUCUGUAUCUUGUUGGAGGAUCUUUCGGACUCCGUGAAUUUGCUCAAAUAAGAUAUGAUGUCCACAAACUACAUGGCAAGGUUGAUCCAGCUUUGAAAGAAAAAUUAAAACAGAACACUGUGACACUAGAAUCUGAAUAUGAGAAGCUGGAAAAGUCUGACUUGGAUAACUGGGACAACAUCAGAGGACCCCGUCUAUGGGAAGAUUCUAGAACUGUUCAGAAGCAACGGCGAGAGGCUCUCCGUCUCAAGACAGAGUGAUUGAGCAAGCCUACUUUAGUGCAUCUAAAAAAAAAGUCUCAGGCUGGACUGUCUUAUUUUUUAAACUAGUGUCAGGGUCAGACAUGGGAGGGGGAAAUUGCACUGAGCAAUUUAUGCUGGUGUAUAUAUAAGGAACUGUGAGAUCAAUCCAAAAGACACUGUAUUAUGUUUGCUCUUUGUUUGCAUCCAUUUGCACAGAGUUCCACAGGCUGUAUAUACGAAUUCUCAAUUAAAAAAUAGCUGAUUAUUCUACUGA